CCGCCCUUUUCCCCAGAAUGAAUCAUGUUGAUCCCGAAAGGAAUCCGAAGGUGCAUUAAGUUGGAAUGCACAGCCAAUAAUUAGUUCGCUCCUGUUAAGGUCUGUGGGUACCUACAAUCAUGCCCCGUAGAUUGCCACUCUCUCUCCUAAAAACAUCUUUCCUCCACUGAGUGCACGCGGCGCGACCUUCUCCACGAACCAACUUCCAACUCCCACCAUGGCCAACACCGACCCCGUUGCCAGUGACAAGGAUGCAGAAGAAAAGGCCAAGCCGCGGACCAGGAUGCGCAAGCGAGCAAGGAAGGCUUGCCUGUCUUGUCGCUCCCGAAAGGUCCGCUGCGACGUGUCUCAACGCGGCCGCCCAUGCAUGAACUGCUACCUCGACAAUGACACUUGCGUUGUCACGGGCAGAGCAUCCAAAUUUGCCCUGCUUGAUCCCAGAGACAGUGUCCAGGCAUCAUAUCCCCCGUAUGCGGCGAUCGACCAACAAUCCGACGAAGCCCACGAAGGCUCAAGUGCCGGCCCAAGUGUCCCAGGACCUGUACUGAACAAUCAGAUUCAUGGCACCCAAGAACCACGAAUUAUCGACGAAGAACGACCCGAACACAAUGACGACACCAUCCACCAUGAUAUCACAGACGGCAUGCGCCCGGACCCGACGAGUCGACCGGAGAAUGCCGUCCCGGUCGGAGGCGGAGUGGCGAAUCCCACUGCUUCACAAUACGUUCAACCCGAACCCCUGACCUGGCUGAACAGCCUCACGAGCAAAGCCGAUUCCCAGCCCAAGGCGAAUACUGGAUCAAACUCCGAAGUCGUCCACUGCUUCUACCCGUUCCUCGCCGUCUCGAAUCUCCACAAUGUCCCCCAUCAAGACGUCAAUUUCCUGGAGCUCCAGGGCUGUCUACGAGUGCCGAUCCGACCACUUCUGGACGAUUUCAUGCGGCAAUACUUUCUCCACGUCCACCCGAUACUACCCUUGAUCAAUGAAGGCGAUUUUUGGGACAUGUACUGUCAUGAGGUGGACGAGAUACCUACCGGACGCAUCUCGUUGCUGGUGUUUCAGGCAAUACUCUUCGCGUCCUGCAAUUUUGUCUCCCCUUCGACCAUGGAAGCACUUGCCUAUGCGACUAUUCGAGAGAUGAGGGCAUCAUUUCAGCGACGCGCCAAACUUCUGUUCGAUAUGGGAACAGAAACCUCAGACCUGGCUCUCUCCCAAGCGGCUGUCCUCCUCUCCUACACCUCUCUCUCAUCCGCCAAGAAAGUCAACACAUCGUGGCUAAGUUUAGCCAUCAACUACGCAAAGAGCGCCGAUGCGCAUCUCUAUGCAGCAAUGCCUGCUUCACAUUGCUCCAAGCAACAGGCGAUAUUACGAAGGCUCUGGUGGUGCUGUGUCCUCCGAGAUCACUCCGUUGGGCUUCUCAUGAGACGGCCUAUCCAAAUCACAAUGGAUCAAUUCGACUACAACGCAUCUCCUCUUGGAGUUGCAGACCUUGACGACGAGUUUCAACGGUCCAGGGUCUACAAUCCAGAAACCAAGAAGGCACUGGCCGAAGUUUUUGCCCAGUCCAUUCAGCUCAAUGUUGUCGUCACUGACAUUCUGAUGCUAUGCUUUCCGCUGCAAGGCUGGAACCAAGCAGCAAAGUCCGAUAAUGCGGCCCGUUCCAUGCAAUGCAAGCGCGCAUUGAAUGGAUGGUAUGAGCAGGCAACCUUGAGGCUCGCCAUUGUUCCAGGCGACAAUGGCCCACGGAGCCUUCUUGACGACGAAAACAGCCACGAAUCUAUCACGCUGUACAGAAAUCUGAUGCUGAUGCACUACUACACUUCACAAAUUGCCUUGUGUCACCACGAAGUUCUUUCUCUCGAGACUCUUCAAGGAGGGGUUAGAAACACCAUGACCAAAGACAUGUCGGUCAUCUUGGACAAUCAGCGCGAGCUACAAGCCGCCUCCAGGUCACUCAUCGAGUGUCACAAGCAACUAGUCGGCCUCAACCUUGCACGCUGGCUUCCCCUGCCAGCAAUUGGCUGCACCUUGCUUCCUCUGAUUCUCAACAUUUUGGAUAUCAAAUUAUCGGCACCAUUGCCAAAGCCCGGAUCCAACCCAAACCCGGCUCACAAACAGCGUGAGCUCAACACUCUCAUUGAGGUCAUGAAGACGUACCAACCCCAAUAUGACGGGGUAGAUUGGGUCAGCGAAAUUGUGCGACACGUUGUCAACCUUGCCCAGCUCGACAACCUUAGCCCUCAUCAUCAAAAGUCUACUAUUGAUUGGACACAUAUUUUUGCUCUCCAACCCAGCUCGUAUCUGCGGUUGGCACUGGCGCUUGACCUUGGUCUCAGCAAAGGACGAAUACCGCAAGACAAGGACUUUCCUAUGAGCCUCAGAGGGAUUUUCGCUGUCGGCAUUAGCCCCAUCAAGGAGUUAGUCCAGCCUAGGUUUCCAAUCUAUCACAUCAGCAGUAACCAGAUGAAUCCUAAUUUCUACCGAGGAAUCGACGUCCCUGGAGUGUAUGGUAUGGAGCCGACUCAGAGAAUGCGCCUUCCUUUCAACCCCGAAACAGACCAAAUAAACCAACCACAUCAAAUUGUACAAACCGCUCAGGAUAAUUUUUAUGUACACUGGCCCUCAAUGGAGUUCCAAGAUACGGACAUGUCCAUGUCAGACGAAAUUGGUGAUCUUGUGGCUGGUCCGGACGAGAUAUUCUCACUGGGAGAAUCACGAGAGGCAGAUGAGUUGGGAGAAACCGACACAGAUGGAGGGUCAUCACACACUUCAAAAGAAUGCGUCAGCGGCAACUGCCAUGGCGGUUUUCAAGGCAAAAUAGAUCCAGGAGUUUUGAUAGAUGGAACACAGGACGGGAACUUGGGAGUGAUUUAGGCGUUCAUGUCUUGAUUAGACGAUGCGAUCUUUACGUAUUAUUAUAUUACCGGGGGAACAGAUACGAGUAACGAAAUAAAUGCGAUAAUACUUUUAUUCAAA